ACUGGGAGUUUAGUAACACGACAGUUACAAAACAGGGACACCGUGAGGUCAGGAGAGAACAUAUGCUUAAGCUCUAAAGCAACAUUGGACAAGAGCAGUGAAUACAUAAUGACAUUUUGAAGAUGACUGGCAGCACAAGUCAAAACAUCCAAGUUGGCUUCACUCUAAAAGGAUGCUCCCUGGUUUGAGCUUAGCUGUCUUCCUCCUCUUGGCCACAGCAAGUGCACAUACUUUUGGUCAACCGCGCCUAUGUUCACUCCUGCUGUCUACUGGUCUGAAAAUGAACUGCAGCUCCUUAAGCCUCAUGGAGCUGCCCUUAAACACCAUAGAGCUUCAUGUAGAGGACAGUCAGCUCACCUCAGUGUCUCCAGGCCUGUUUGACAGACUGGUUGGUCUGAAAAAGGUCUCACUAUAUGGGAACCCCUUCCACUGUGACUGCAGGAUCCAAUACCUGAGGAACUGGUUGCUGAAGAACAGAGAUAUUGUUUUAAAGAAGCCCAUGUGUGCCAGUCCGAGCUCCGUGGCUCAGAGAGCCAUCACUGAACUCAGCGAUGACUACUUCUCUUCCUGUGUCCUGACAAGGUGCACUGGUGGGACUUACAACACAUUGGUGGGACUGAUACUAUGCUGCAUCAUCGCUCUGCUUCUGUGGAGCCUGACACUAGCAAAAACGUCCACCUACACUCUGUCAAUAGAUAAGAGACACACAGGAUUCGAGGCCAACUCUUUACGCUCGCUGAAGCCCAAACACAGGAGGAGGCUGAACACUAAUCUGUCACUGCACAGUUCCACAGAGGAUCUAGAAAGGCCACUUAUAAACAUGGAGUUACUGCCGCAAGUUCUGGAUGUGUUGAACAAGAAGCACAAUAUAAAGAUAAAGGCUACCUGAGGGACCUCUUUAGCUUAAAAAAGCACUACAAGUGACAACAAGAGGUGAGAGCUGUAACAAGACAGCACAAUGGAUUUUCUGUUUUCUUUAUUUCUAAUAAAGUUGAUUUACUGUUAAA